CAUAACACAACCAAACAAAUUCACAUACACUCACAUAAAAUAACUACUACGGCUCUCCUGGAAGCCGUACACAGGACGGCAGGCAGGCAGACACGAAGGCUGGCUUAAUGUUUACCCUUCAGGAGAACAUGCCGAGAGGUGGUUUAAACAUGAAGGAGGAACCUUUGGUUGCCGGGAUGAAUCCCGUUCGCUCCUGGAUUCAGUCCGGCGGGAUACUGGACGCCAACACAGCUGCCCAGAGUGGGGUAGGCUUGGCCCGGUCACACUUUGAGAAGCAGCCGCCGUCCAAUCUUCGCAAGUCCAACUUUUUCCACUUCGUACUGGCUCUCUACGACAGACAAGGGCAACCCGUGGAGAUCGAGAGGACUGCUUUUGUGGACUUUGUAGAGAAGGAAAAAGAGCAAAACGGGGAGAAGACGAACAACGGCGUUCACUACAGAUUACAGCUUCUGUACAGUAACGGAAUACGAACAGAACAGGAUUUAUUUGUGCGGCUGAUAGACUCAAUGACCAAACAGGCGAUCAUAUAUGAAGGGCAGGAUAAGAACCCAGAGAUGUGCCGAGUGCUGCUUACCCAUGAGAUCAUGUGCAGCCGGUGUUGCGACAAGAAAAGCUGUGGAAACCGGAAUGAAACACCUUCAGAUCCAGUUAUUAUUGACAGGUUCUUCCUAAAAUUCUUCCUCAAGUGCAAUCAGAACUGUUUGAAAAAUGCUGGUAAUCCCAGGGACAUGCGGCGAUUCCAGGUCGUCAUCAGUACAACCAUCAACGUGGAUGGGCACGUCCUGGCAGUGUCGGACAACAUGUUCAUCCACAACAACUCCAAGCAUGGCCGGAGGGCUCGGAGGCUCGACCCAUGCGAAGCAGCCACGCCAUGCAUCAAAGCAAUUAGCCCAAGUGAAGGGUGGACCACGGGAGGAGCAACCAUCAUCAUUAUCGGAGACAGCUUCUUUGAUGGAUUGCAGGUUGUGUUUGGAACAAUGCUGGUGUGGAGUGAGCUGAUCACACCGCACGCCAUCCGAGUGCAGACACCUCCGCGGCACAUUCCUGGCGUGGUGGAGGUCACACUGUCCUACAAGUCCAAGCAGUUCUGUAAAGGAGCACCUGGGAGAUUCGUCUACACAGCAUUGAAUGAACCCACCAUUGACUAUGGAUUCCAGAGGUUGCAGAAAGUGAUCCCGCGGCACCCUGGAGACCCUGAACGAUUACCAAAGGAGGUUCUACUGAAGAGAGCUGCUGACCUGGUGGAAGCCUUGUACGGAAUGCCCCACAACAACCAGGAGAUUAUUCUGAAACGAGCAGCAGAUAUCGCAGAGGCCCUCUACAGCGUCCCGCGGAGCCACAACCAACUCCCGUCUCUUGGCAACACAUCCAGCCACUCGGGGAUGAUGGGAGUGAACUCGUUCAGUGGCCAGCUGGCUGUCAAUAUCUCAGAGACGUCGCAAGCCAACGACCCAGGUUACUCUCGCAACACCAGCAGCGUCUCUCCCCGUGGCUAUGUGACCAGCUCCACUCCACAGCAGUCCAGCUACAACACCAGCAGCAUGAACGGAUACGGGAACACUGGGAUGGCCAACCUGGGAAUACCGGGCUCCCCGAGCUUCCUGAACGGUUCGACUGGCAACUCCCCCUAUGCCAGUAAGUCCCCCAAAGCUGUCCGUGGACCGUUGUUGGAGACACCAGAGACUGCAGGCAAUUUCUCAUUCUUUCCUGUUGACCUGAUCUCCACAGUAAAACAGAAGAGCGCCUUCGCUCCUGUGGUUCGACCCCAGGCCUCCCCACCGCCUACCUGCACCGGAUCCAGUGGGAACAGCAUGCAAGCCAUGUCCAGCCUGAUCGUGCCCCCAAUGUAGAAGAAGAGGCCUGAGCAGUGACCAUGAGUAGCAACGUGCCCCACAAGCUGAUGGACGGAC